CAUCUUCUUUGAUGUCCACAUCAUGACUCUUAAGGGAGGCACUAGCCAAGCUUGUGCUUCGUGCAAGUAUCAAAGGAGAAAGUGCUCCUCUGAGUGUCCUUUAGCGCCUUACUUCCCUCCUGACCAACCGAGGUUGUUCCAAAAUACUCAUAAGUUGUUCGGUGUGCGCAAAAUCCUCAAGAUACUUGAGAAUCUUGAUCCUCACCAACACGAGGAAGCGAUGCGUUCCAUCAUUUACCAGGCCAAUAUUCGCGACAGGUUUCCUGUUCAUGGCUGCUGGGGCAUCAUCUGUAAACUGCAUUUCCAGAUUCAGCAGGUCGAAGAAGAGCUCCGUGCUGUCCUUGCGCAACUUGAGAUGUACAGGCAGCAGCAGCAGCAUCAACAUCAGAUUGCAGCUUUAACUGAGGAUGUUCCAUCCCAAUUAGAAUUAGGAAUGGCGCCUCCUCAGCCUUGCUUGGCACAACAAUACUCCUACUCUGUUAUUGGUAGCAAUACUGGUUACAGCUCUAAUUACUUGUAUUCUAAUGAUAAUGCUGGGAACUCACUUUGGGGUCAACAUUCUUAUGCUACUAACUAUAACAUCAAUUCCAUGCCAAUUAUUCAGUCUCAGCUAGCUGCUUCACAGCCACUAGCCACCCAACAAGAAAUUGUUCAAGAUUAUGAUGAGAUGCAUCCAUUUUUUGAUUCUAUUGAUGACAGGCAAUCGUAUAUUGAAACUAAAGAACCCUACGAAUCAAGCUCAGAAGAAUCAUUGAAGGACACCGCACCAUCUAUGGAGCAUGCUGCAGAGAAUGAAUUGAAGAGUGCUGCUGCACGUUUUAGUCUUACCAGUAUCAAUUGAUUAGGAACAAGAUAAGAGAACUGAGAUAGCUUUUUUAUUUCAAUUACAUUACUUUUCCCCCCUUCUAAUUAAUGCCAUAGAGUACAUUCCACAAUUUUGAGGUUCUGUUUUCUUUUCACUGUUUAGAAUGAAGUUCUAGCAUGCAUAACUUGAUUUUAUUCUAGUCAAUUAUAUAAUCCCUCAGCGCGUUAGUUUUCAGUGAUCAAAUCCAUAAUUUCUUUGGGAGAAUAUGUUGAUCAGGUUUUUGUGAAUCAAUAUAUUAUGAACAAUGACGGCAAACCCUACCCAGAUUACUUCAAAAUUUCUUUGCUCGUAUGAAUAUAUUCUUAUACGAAACCCAUUGGUUGUCGAAGCACUAAGGAAUUACUAAUUUGCUAAUCAGGAUAUGAAAACAUUACGCGGCACAAUUUCUACAGCAGCGGACCACCGAUUUCUAAAUCAAUGGCCGAGUUAUCAAGAUCUUUGAGAAGGGUGUGGUCGAAUGGGCUAGUUCAAGAUUUUCAGCAUGUGGUAGAUGGAUAAUAUAGUGGUCGCUUUAUUUGAAGGUGUUCUGGUGUAAAGUUCCAUGAAACAGAUUCAAGAUGAACAGAAGUAAAUGCAGACUUCGUUGAUUGACAUUUCAUUAGACAAACGAUGGAGGUAUUGUUAGCAUCCAGCAGGGAUUAGGAACAGGAUGAGAAAAUACAAUGGAGGUGGCUUAGCUAUUUGUGCUUAUUUAAACUACAUGGCUCCACUAUAUGACGUUCUAGUCAGGAAGGGGUACAUAACUACAGAAGGAUCUAGUCAAAUUAUAUGCUGUGUAUGUGUAUAAACAUAGUUUUUUUUUUUUUCUAAAACAAACAGGAAAAAAAAAUCGAAU